GUUACCUAAUUGCUGUCAAUGCCAGAGAUGCCAGUGCAUAAGUCUGAUGCAGAGGAUCUAUUUGGGAUGCUAUUAUUAUUAUUGCAAAGACUGUUGCAUAAGGCAGCUUCCCAGGUAAAAGCAUUCUGCGAAAUCCUGUUAGGAGUAGGAUUUCUUACCCCCCACAACCUCAACUCUCCAUCUUCAGACCAAUUGCCAUCAGCCACUUAGCACCAGCACGUCAGCGGAAUUAAAAUGCUGUCUGUGAUCACUUUCCCAAGCAGAAGAGGUGGCGAGUGUUAGAUCUCGUGGGAGCGCAGAAAGGCUUUCAGAGCUUGAAAUACUGGUGGUGCUGGACAUUUCAUUGAUGUGCAAUGAAGAAACGGACAAGAAGAGAGAAGGUGAAGUUCCUGCUUAAGAAUUGUCUGCUCCUCUGAUGAGAUGCUGGAGAAUCAGUCCUUUCCUGGGAAAAAUCAGAUUCUGUGAGUUACCAGGUGGUAGCUAUGAUGAUGAUGGUGAUGAAGGUAUUCCUGCUCCUCAUUUUUGUUGCAGGUACUUUGGCUGCCGCCACUCAACGACCCAGGAACUCCACACUGCACCGCUUGACCCGGCGGCUUCUGAAGAAGUACAGCAAGGGAGUGAGGCCUGUCAGAAAUUGGAGCAAGCCCACCAUCGUCUAUCUUGACCUCUUUGUGCAUGCAGUACUGGGCGUGGAUGCUCAGAAUCAAAAACUGAAAACAAGCAUUUGGUAUCGGCAGAUCUGGAAGGAUGAGUAUCUCACUUGGAAUUCCAGUCGUUAUGAUGGGAUCCAAGAAAUCUCUUUGCCCAUUCACCGCAUCUGGGCUCCUGAUAUUAUUGUUGGUGAAUCUGUGGAUGCCAGCAAAUCCCCAGAUCUCCCAUUUGUCUAUUUGAAUGCCAGUGGCGUGAUCAAGAAUUACAAACCCAUGCAGGUGGUGUCCGCAUGCAUCCUGGAAAUGUACACUUUCCCAUUUGACACACAGAACUGCAGCCUGACUUUCAGCAGUGCUUUGCACACAGUUCAGGAUGUGGACCUUGCUUUUUGGAGGAGAUAUGAGGAGAUCAAGAGUGACCAGAAGUUGUUUCUAAAUGAUGGAGAAUGGGAGUUGGUCUCUGUGCUCUCUGAGCGGCGUAUCCUGCAAACUCAGACUGGGAGCAUUGCUCAGAUUCGGUUUCAUAUUGUUAUCACCAGACGUCCCCUGCUCUACGUGGUCAGCUUGCUGAUUCCCAGCAUCUUCCUGCUCGUUGUGGACCUGGGUAGUUUCUACCUGCCCCCAAAUUCUGGAACAAGGAUAACAUUCAAAACCAGCGUGCUGGUUGGUUACACUCUCUUCAAAGUCAACAUGUCAGAUGAGCUGCCAAGUACUGGGAUUGGCACAUCUCUGAUCAGUGCCUUCUUCACCAUUUGCAUGGCUCUGCUGGUCCUCAGCCUAUCCAAGUCCAUCUUCCUCAUCAAAUUCCUCUACUUGGGUGAUGACUGCACACGGGAUAAGCCCUUUGCUUCUUACUGCUGCAGGAACACUGUUGACACUGCGGGUGAAAACGCCAAGGCAGCUAGGAGCGCAGGAGAAAAAGCUGGCACUGCUGCAGGGAUACCCUUGGCUUGGGAAGGCUCAUCUGUAAAAGACCAUGCCACUGGGACAGCCACACCCCCAAUGGAGAAAAUCCGAAGAGAACUCCUCCCCAUCAGCUCCCACUUUCGUGCCCUAGGCGUUGCUGCCAAAGUGGACGGCGACUGGCUCUCUCUUGCAAACAAGCUUGACAAACUCCUGUUCCGGGCCUAUCUUUUAGUGCUAGCUGUGUAUGCAGUCACAAUGGGUUCUCUCUGGGGGACGUGGAGCUCCCAGUAGGGGCAGCUGGCAAGGCAGUCCAACAUGGCACUGAAGAAUGGCCACAUGGGCAUCGUAAAUGACAUUCCCAGUCAAAUCAUUAUGCCCACUUACAGCAUUGGAGAGCACAAUUUAAAAUGUGGGGUAUCACCUUUGGCACUCGAGCGCUCUCUCAAUUUCCUCUGUUGACUAGUCUAGGCUAGUUAAAUAAAUUUAACAUGCAUGCAUAUAUAUAUUUUAAAUAUGCAGACAUAAUCAUAGGAGAAAUAACCAUAGGGAUCACAGCAGAUGUGAAGCGGGAAUUUGAAGCUUUUCCUUCUAUUUCUGAGAAGUGGCUGUCCUCAGGACUGCAGGAAAUGCUCAAAGCCCCUCUCAAUUCCUGCUGCAGUCCUGGCAAAUAUCAGUCCCUCCUUUCCAGAAGAUAUUAUGUGUGUUAUUGCCCCACAAAAUAACCUGCACUCAGGUUGCACUCAAGUCCUGCUUCAGGGCUCCCGGUUACCUGUUUGGCCACUGAGAAAACUGAACGCUGGACUAAGUGGGCCUUUGGCCUGACCCAACAGCCAUUUUCUUGUUAUGUUCUUGUAUUAAUGGCCAAGACUUGUUUAAGGUCAUAUCUAGUUGCUCCUUCUGUCUUGUCUCUCCUUCCCCACUUUUUUGUUACUGGGCUAAGGGUUAUUACCACACACAGUGGGUAGUACUGGGCAGAUGUGGCGAUGAGUUGCCCUCCAGAUGUUGUUGGACUUAUCAGCCCCAAUCAGUUGAACCAAUGGACUAUGGGAGUUGGAGUCCAUCAAAUCUGGAGGACACCUUCCUGAUGCUAUCCCUCUUUUCUUAUAUUGCCUUCAGCUCUCUGAGAAACUAGUAUCAUCACAGAGGUCUUUCUAGCAGGGCUUCAGGGACCCCAGGAGAAAACAUGAUGGAGUAGAUAAAGUGGGCACCAUGUCGUUGACUCCACUGCCGUCAUGCUUUAUAGAAUGCCUCUCCCCUCCCGUUCAACCUCUGUCUCUCCACAAAGCCAUGAUUGCAGUAUUAUUCCCAAACCCAAUCCAAUCAGUGCAUCAAAUGGGGCAUCAUUAACCUCAUCUCCAGGGCUUAUUUUGCUCAUAAGAUCCAUGCAAAUGCAUUUGGGAUGAUGGAAGUGCCUCUCCUAGGCUUUUUACAGCACCCGUGGUUAAGAUGCAGUGAAGAACAUCAAGAAAAAUGAGGUGACCCUUUGAGUGACACUUCAUUAGGAUUUCCUGGCAGGGGGAGUUUGCAGAAAUCAGU